AUGCACCUGAACGCAACUUCUUCGUGGCAGCAGCACCCGAGCCCGUUUCACCUGCAGCCCACGGGCGAUGCGGCUGGGAACGUCUCCAACAGCUCGGAUCUGUACUCCGAAGGGCCGGACGAGGAAGAUCUGGAUGUGAACACCGACAUCUACUCCAAAGUCAUGGUCACGGUCAUCUACCUGGCUCUCUUCCUGGUGGGCACCAUCGGCAACUCCAUCACCGCCUACACCCUGGUGCGCAAGAAGUCCCUGCAGAACCUGCAGAGCACGGUGCACUACCACCUGGCCAGCCUGGCUUUCUCUGACCUGCUCAUCUUCCUCCUGUGCAUGCCCAUCGAGCUGUACAACUUCAUCUGGGUGCACCACCCCUGGGCCUUCGGGGACGCCGUCUGCAAAGGCUACUACUUCCUGAGGGAUGCCUGCACCUACGCCACUGCCCUCAACAUCGCCAGCCUCAGCGUGGAGAGGUACAUGGCCAUCUGCCACCCCUUCAAAGCCAAGAGCAUCAUGUCCAGGAGCAGGACCAAGAAGUUCAUCAGCUGCAUCUGGGUGGCCUCUUUCCUGCUGGCCAUCCCCAUGAUCUUCACCAUGGGCGAGAUCUAUGGCAGGGACCAGCAGCCGGACUCUCUGAUCUGUACCACCAUUGUGGAAGCCUCCACGCUUAAGACUGUCAUUCAGGUCAACACGUUCAUCUCCUUUGUGUUUCCAAUGGUCGUCAUUUCUGUCCUGAAUAGUAUCAUCGCCAACCAGCUCAUCAUCAUGUUCAAGCAAGCGGCACAAGAAAACCAGGUCUGCAUUAUUGGAGGACAGCAGGCGAUGCUCAGCAUGUCCAUGGAGCCCAGCCGUGUGCAAGCUCUGAAGCACGGAGUGAGAGUCCUGCGUGCUGUUGUGAUUGCCUUUGUGGCCUGCUGGCUUCCUUAUCAUGUACGGCGUCUCAUGUUUUGCUAUGUUCCCACAGAUCACUGGACAGAGUUCCUUUAUAAUUUCUACCACUACUUCUACAUGUUGACAAAUGUCCUCUUCUAUGUCAGUUCUGCCAUCAACCCCAUCCUCUACAACCUGGUGUCCGCAAACUUCCGCCAGAUCUUCCUCUCCACGCUCAUGUUCCUGUGCCUGCCAUGGAGAAAGAAGAAAAAGAGACCCAGCUUCACCAGGAAGUCCAACAGCAUCUCUAGCAACCAUACGUUUUCCAGCCAAGUCACUAGGGAAACGACAUACUGA